GAUUGUGCAAUACUCCUGAACGCAACAUUACGUUUAAACCCGGGGAAAUCAAACAAGCUUUCAUGCUGCAGGGAGACAAAACCUAACGUCUGGUACGUCUAUUUCUCUAAUAAAGCUAAAAGACUAACAUCAUUAGAGCUCAAAAAACGUGUUUGUAGCAAGAUUUAGUUGAAAGAGCCACCUCCAGCCGGCGUAAUGUUGACUGAAUGCUGUUCCGUAUCGACGAUAACCGUUCAGUGCUUGUGGCAACAGGAACGUCUGACCCGUAUUAAGAGAUAAGAGUACGUUGUCGAACUCCUUUUCCCCCAAAAAAGUAAAUAAUUAUAUUAUUAUCCUUAAAUUUAGGUUAUUUUAUCCAAGUAAAAGUUCGCCAUAAUACCCAGCUUAUCAGGUAGCAAUCGAUAAUGUUAUGUUCAGUAACUUUGGUAAACAGCACGGCUGUCCCCAGACAGGACAAGUUGAUAACACCAGCUACAAAUAAAAGAUCACUUUUAUUUAAAUACGUUUUUUUCUGAGGUAUUUAUCAGCCGAACUGUAAAAUAAGUAUUUUUCUGUUUGUAUUUCCCAUUUGUAAUGUGGUGUUUAAUAUUUUACGUAAUGUCACACAUUGAAAUCCAAUUAUGAUAGAUUUGUGGACAGUAUUUGGUUAGGUGUCCGUUACUACAGCUUUGAUCAUUUCAGUUUCUUAUUAUUUCUGAAUUUUAUUUCGUUUUGACACUUUAGGCUGGUUUGUUGGUUUGAUUAGGUUUCUGCUUGUUAAAAAAAAACACGAGUUUUAAUCUUGUUUCUGUAACUUUUACUUUUAUUCUAGUAAUACACAACAUCUGUCAGGUGUGAGACUCGUGUGUUAUGUGAUAAAAACAAACAAAACUUUCUCUAAUAGUAGAGAUAAAUGCAAAAUAUUAACCACAACCACCCACAGUAGACAAACCAUAAAGGACAUUAAGACUUUAGCGUCUAUACAUGAGUCAUGUCACUGCAUUUUGUCUUUUUCCUUGUUGACAGUCAUUCCGUCUUGGAUGUGAAAGAAAAUGGGCAGCUACAGUGACUGCACCAGUGACCUGGAUGAGGAGCUGCCGGUGUUUGACUUCCUCAGCCAAGUCUCAAGUCACAUGAAGAAACCGGUCCGUGUUGACUCGAACAGCUGUGAUUCAGAGGAGGCGGGCAUGUGUACCGCAGUGAAGGGUAAAAGAGCAGCUGAUGUUAUGAUCGUCAGCAGUGAUUCUGAUGAUGAUGCACCUUAUGUCCCUCUGGCUCAGAGACUCAAACACAAACAGGACAAUGAGAUUACCGCCUGCUCCGCUGUCACUAAUGGGAAAGAUGCUGAGCCGUGUUUAACAUCCAAUCUGUCCAGCUACCAUCAGGUGAGAACAGAAAGCAACGUGGUCUCACAUAGAACAGAGCAAGCUACCACUCUUCCGCCCAGGACUACCUGCAUCACUGAAACCUCAAAUGCCAAGAGGAAACCUGCCAAGCGGACAGUUGAGGAGAUGCAGGCCUUGAAGGAAGAGGCCCUGAAGAGGAGACAGGCCAGGGAGGAGCAGGAGAGGCAGAAAGCAGAGAGGAGGGCUCUGGCUGAGGCUGCCAAAGCCCUGAGACCAGAGGAGUGUAUCAAGCACAUGGUGGUGGCUGUGGAUCCAGGUAGAGAGAAAACAUGGGAAAAUACCUGGAUAGUUGUAAAUCAAGUUAGUAAGCACAGUGUGUUGUACUUAUAAAGCUACUGAAAGUGAAGGGUUUAUUGAUAUUGUUUUGUUUGCAGCUCUGCUACAGCUGGAAGGAGGCGGGACUCUUCUGGCAUCAGUGCAGGCUCUUGGUUGUAGUUGUGCCAUUGAGAAGCAGCAGCUCCCACGCAGUGUCAGCUGGAUGAGGAGGACCCCCUGUGCUCAGGUGAUAACAGACACAACUAUACAUUCUCCUGGCUGUGACUUAAUUAUAUACUUUUCAAAUUUCAGGUGGCACCUUGCUGAUAGAAAUUAGACCAAGACUGAAAAAAAAGAAAAUGAUGCUGUACUUGUAACGUAGCCAAGCGGGGCUUUUCAAAACUACUAUGAUGCCACAAUUCUCAAUUUUGAUAUUGAACCACUUAAUUUGGCAACCAUGGCUCGCAGUGUGCUUCUGAUUACCAUUUUUUGCUGUAACUAGCUUAUAUUUCUCACUGGAAUGGCUCAGUUUCAGUUUGCACAUGCUUGGAUGAGGAAACUCCACCUAGGUUAGAAUCCAAUCCCUGCAAGCUAAAGAGCAGAAAGCUCGCAAUAGAGGAUAUGCAUGAGUACUGUUAAAGUUGAUCCUGAAAACAAUGUUAAAGUAAAAAAUUAAAGGAUGUGUUUGUGGUGUUAUUAAAGUUCAUAUUACCUGAAUAUACAUAACGUUUGUUUUCUGUGUGUCUCAGACAGAGGAUGCAGUGUGUGUGCCAGAACCUCAUGUUGUGAUGCAGAUGACUGUGGACGACUUUAUCACACUGAUCAACAACUACAUCCAGGUUAGUAACUUUAACAUAAACACAGGGGUUGACAUAGCUGCUCUCUACAGAUGUAAAAAGUUGCAAAGAUGUGAAAAGUGGUUGUUGCGGAUUGGUCAUAUAUCAUAUGACCAAUCUGCAUCAAUGUUUUUGAUAUUGAUUGAGUGAUGAAAUCAUCCAGUUAGAAAACCAGAAACCUUUCCUGUAAUAAAAAUAACAGUUUGGGAAAUGGAUCCGAAAAGGACAUAAAGUCUGACCAGGUCGGUGCCUGGUACAGUGGAAACAACAGCAUACCAAAGACAGACCCCUGAGGGACCACAAGCUUAACAGGACAGGACCCUGUAAAAAUAGGUAACAUUUGUUUUGUGCCAAACUCGGUCAAAAGAAGCUAUUUCAGAUCUUCAUGUCUUUCAGUGACAUUAGCGUUAACACGGUAGGAACAAAACAAAACAAAACGCUGGCUUUGAUGAAAAUGACACUGGCUGAAUUUAAGGUGUUGUCACAGACAUUAAAAUACAGACACUAGGAGCUAGCUGAACUUACUGGUGCAACUGUCUCUCCACUCUGUAGCACUGUGGCACUUUUUUCCCUCUAACUGCAAUUACUAAGGCUUAGGGUUUGAAACAUUGGGAUACUCAUGUCUCAUCCAUUUGCACAAUCUUUAUCACAGCAGUUCUCAAGUACAACAAGAUGUAUGUGGAGUAAAGGAGAGGAAUUUCUUGCAAAUUUUGAUGUGAAUUCAUAAAAAAUGAAUUGUUUCUCAACACAUUACGAAGUCCCAGCUGUUGAUAAGCAUCCAAAUCUAUUGAUAGUAAAUUAAUCUGUUGUUGCACCUGUAUCGUAUUUCUACAGGAGGAGAGGCAGGGCUGGUCUGACUCUGGCCCCUCCCUAACCUCCUGGGUCCAAGAGCGCCAAAGGUGUAAUCCUGGCAAGAUCCUGAGCCUGGUGGUCCUCGACCUGGAGAAAUAUUUCAGGUAGGGGAAGAUGACGUCUGUGUUCGGAGCUGUUGGACUUUUAAACCAAACAAAUCUUCAUCCUCUGGCUUCAGGUGGCAGUUAUCACCAUUACAGGUUAUACAUGUUUCAUCCGGCUGUUAGAGCUCCUUCUUUGCUAACUCCUGCAGUGUUAUAACACAAAGACAAUGUUCAUAAUUCUAUAAAACAUACAGUAAAGCAACAAAACCCCCUGAUCUGAGAGGCAGGAAUCUGACAUGCAUUAAAACACCAUCUCCUUUGUAAUAUUGGACAUCUGUCUGCUGAUAGUUUUGGGUCAGAGUACAAACACAAUCCUUGAGAUGAGGAAAGAACAACUUCUCUGAACCCUGAAACAAGGUGCCGAUUCACUCUCUGCAGUCUGACCACGAAGAGAGGAGGUGAUUGUGUACAACAGCGUGAAGUAUAGCACUCAGUGACUUGUGAAAAAACAACAAGAAAUGGCACUCAGAUAGCUUGUAGGCCAACUUAAACACAUCUGGCUGUGCAGCAGCGAGUGGAAACACGUCACCUAUCAGUGUCAGCAGAGUCUGGCAGAGCUGAAGAUGUGUGAAAUCUGUGGGAAGAGGAGGAAACGGAGUAAAGGAAGCUGAGUGAAAAUAGAGAUUUUUUACUCUCCGUCCCCAGAUCCAACAAGUCACAGAGUCAGAAGAAGUUUCGAGAGGCGGUGACAGGUGAGGAGCAAGGUGGAGCGAAAGCUAAGAAGAGGAGGAAGAACGGAGGGGCCGAGGUUCUUCCUCAGGUGACACGAGUGGAAGUAGAAGAGGUAUGUAUGAAACAAAUACUUUCUAGUGAGAGUUCGGCAUCAUGUAUCACUCCUGCGAGGAUGUUUCUGUUUGCGUUGAUUUUGGUGCCCUCUGUGGACUAAAGGACACCUUUUAUCUCUUCUACUUGAUGUGAAAUAGUUUUUUUUAGACAAAAACACCAUCAAGUUGUCUUUUAACAGUGAAACAUAUGAGUCAUAGUGGAUAUUUGUUGUGGAAAAAGUAAAAUCAGACUGUUUCUCAUUGUGCUGUCAAUCUGAAAUACUUUUGUACAUUGGAAGGAAUAAAAUUCCUCCAGUUUAUCCACAACAGCUGUAAAACUCAUCUGACUACAGAAUAUACAAAAGUUGAUCAAAAUUUAACAUUUCUGCAUUUGUCAAAUGUUUUAAAUCAAUAAGAAAGUUUUGUAUUUAUUUGUUUAUGAAGUAUUCUUCAAAAGUCGUCUUUUUUUAGUGCUGUCUAGUCAAAUAAAUUUAAAAACAAAAGCAUCUCACUCCUUCUACGAAAGAGUAUUAAGGCCACAAGAAGAGUAAAAAAUAUUUACGGGAGGGAGAUUUUUUUUUUUUAAUUUCCACUUCAAGAUUGAACUCGAAAUUUUAAAGAAGUCAAAACGAAAAAAAUACAAAAUUUCAACAUCAAAGUCGAAAUUUCAUGAUUAAAAAAAAAUUAAAUUAAUUGAAAAAAGUUGAAAUGUCGACUUUAAUCUCAAAAUUUUAAUUUUUUUAAUCUCGAAAUUUUGACAUUAUUCACGACAUUCCAUUAUUUUGUAAUCUUGAAAUUUAAAUCUUUAAUCUAGAAAUUUCAACUUGAUUGACAUAAUUUCGAUUUUUUUAAUGUUGAAAUUUCGACUUUAAUCUCGAAAUUUCAACUUUAAUCUCCGUCCUGUAAUUAUUGUUUCAUGUUGCCCUUAUCCUCUUUCGUAUUUUUUAAACAUUGAGAUGUUGAUAAAUUGAUAAUUAUUUGAGUCUUUUACUGGACUAAUGUAUUAUAUUAACUCAAACUAUACUGGCCCCUUUUUUCCCAUCAGGCAGUGGUGCACCUUCAGCUUCAUACAGGUGUCUCAGUCCGCUUCUUGUCAACCUGGAAGGACUUCUCUGAUCACAUCACCAUGACAACCAAAGCAGUGGCAGAAGCACCGUUCAAGUAAGUGAGCGAGCCUCAGCUUUGCAGGCCGGCCUCAGUCUUUUCCCGUCAGAUCAUCAAACAGACCUUUCCCAUGAUCCUCUGUGGUUUCAGGCGAGAGAGGGAGAAGACGGGCUUCUCUUUCUACCUGGAGAGCGAGUGGGCGGGGGGGCAGAAGGUGGAUAAAGCGGGGAAGGGACUGCUGCAGGUGUGGAAGAGACAGAUCCAGCAGCUGAACAGAGUCAGUACAGAUAUAGCCUCGGCUGUCCUGGCAGCUUACCCGUCCCCACAGCUGCUCCAGAAGGUAACAGCUCUCAAAGUGUUUGUUUUUCUCUGAUUCACCUGACUUAUUAUCAGCAAGAAGUCUUAAAGCAAAGAAUAGUUUGACAAAUCAGGGCUGUUGGAUUAUGGUCUAAAAGAUAAUCACAGUUGUUAAUCUUUAAAACAACACUUUUCACUCACAAUUAAAUAAAGAGUGAUGCUUUUUAAUCCAUUUUGUGCAACGUAUCGGUCAUGUAGAAACUUGCAGGCCUUGGUUUUAAUUUGGUUCAGGGUUGAAAUAUAAAGUAAGCUGUACUAAUGAAUUAAACUAAAAUGACAUCAACAUUAGGUGUCGUCUUUCCAAGAAUUGAAGAUAUUUGUGUCUCUUUGCAGGCGUACAGUCUCUGUAAGACUGAUCGUGAGAAGAUCUCUCUGCUGUCAGACCUCCUGAUCCGCAGAGGAGAAGGCGUCACCUCCACAACACGACGAGUCGGUCCAGAGCUUUCCAAACGCCUCUACCUCCUGAUGAAUUGCCGGGAUCCUGAGCAGACUCUGGACUCCACUGUCUGAAAAGCUGUUUGUUUACGACCCUGUUUUAAACAGGUUUGGACUGUGGCUGUCUCUGUUUUCUAAAUUUAACUCUGUUGGUUUUACUCUUUAUUUUUUACAUCAUGUUUAUAUUAAAGUUUUAUCUAAAAAAAAUGUUUUGACGAAUGCUGUCUAUGAAAAAACUGUUUUACUAGUGUUUUUGUAAUACAUGUAGAG